CCGCCGACUGGAAUUUCGAGCUCGAGAUUAUCGCGACAUCCUUACGCGACACUACCCACCUUGCAUCCCCUAUCGCAUUCGCUCAGCUGCAAUCUAUCUUCUACCGUAAAUCUUAGGAAUACUCAAUACCGAAAUCAUGCAUCUCAUGUACAUCCCCGACCCGGCGAACCCGACCAAGCGCAUCUACACGCUGAAAAAGGUCAUCGACGGCGAAGUCAGCAAGAGCGCGCACCCGGCCCGUUUCUCGCCCGACGACAAGUACAGCAGGCACAGGGUUACGAUUAAGAAGCGCUAUGGACUGCUUUUGACACAGCAGAAGAACAAGGUCGCUGAGAAGGCUUAAGCGCGCAACAACGGUCACGGACAGUACGCAAGGGGGAGACGGUGAUGGAGAUAUCAACACGAUGUAGAGGGAGAGAAGGCAAUGUUCCGAGGCGAAAGAUGGAGGACGUGGAGGCAUGACAAGGGCGUUCAACGGCGUAUUGGCGAAAGAAAAGUCUCUAGACGCGCGCCGAUUCACUUUAUGGCGGUACGAAGCGCCGAGAUGCCUUCUUCAGUGGGCAAAUGGCAGGGUUUUUGAAUGAGAUGGUUAUUUCCAUGUUGCAAGUCUGACUAUGCAUAUGUGCUGAUGUAGAGAUCUGUGAGAUGAUAUCGCAAAGUCGUCAGCGAGCUGACAUGAUUGAUGGGAGGUGUUCUCCGCUCAAAGAUAAUGUCAUGUCAACCUAGGUACAACUGAACACCGUAGAGUCUACAUCGACGUUAGGUUACCUACUUUGCAAGAUGUUAUCUUAAUGUGGUCUCUAGACCUCUUUAGUCUUUUUCUUGUAU